AUGCAAUGUCGUAGGUACGCCGUUGUAUGCCCUGGAUACAAGCGCCCUUGGCAAUUCCAGGACGAAGGGCCCCGUCUCCAGAAGCGGUAUCAAAAGCAGUCUCAAGGUGUCAGUGGUUGUGGUAAGACCAACCCCGAAGCUUUCCACAGCCAUGGAUCUAUGCGAAAAUUCAUCGCUACGAAAACUUCGAUCGACGAACGUGUUUAUCCAGCUUUGGUUCAUCGAUCGUUCAUCAGCCAGCAGCCAGGGAUGCUUAAAGAGUUUAUCUGCACUGCCUUCCCCACCAUGUUCUUCCAUAACGAAUUCCGAUUCGGAAACGGCUUUACAUUUCCCGACUGGGUCGCAAAAUAUUUCGGCUCCAACCAUUAUUACGAUACAACAGUCUCUUGUCUUUCAACAGAAUAUCUCGCCCAUCUCACCAAGGACCCGGGACUCCACCAAUGGGGCCGACAGAAGUAUUCGCAGGCCUUGGGGGCGAUCAGACAUGCACUGAGCUCGGAUGAUACUUCGUCAGAUGCCCUGCUUAUUGCAGUUAUUCUUCUCUCUUUCUAUGAGAUGAAUACAAGGACUACACGAGACGCGUGGGUCUAUCAUUCGAGGGCGGUAAAGCAACUAAUGCUGAAGCGUGGUAUGGGUUUCCAUUUGUUUGGAGCUGGACGCGUCUGCCACUUCGCAUACAGACCAUUCCUCAUCGCUGCCGCGCUCUACGAAGGUGAGCCAUGCUUCCUAGACGAAGAUAGUUGGCAAAACUUGGCAGCCAUCCUCCGAGUGGAAGACUCUCAGAAGCAGAGUGAGUGGUCGUUCUACAUUGAUGUCUACGAAACAAUUUUCAUGGAACUGGUCAAAUGUCCCGGAUACAUCAAAGAGGCACGAGAAAUCGUUUCCGUACCUUCUAGCGAGGCUACGCUUUUAGCACAGCGUAUUCGUAUGACCAGUGACCGACUCCGGAAGUUGAAUGAUGAGUUGCGAUCACUGCUUGCAUCCAACAACCAACGGAAAGAAGGGAUUUUCGGUGUUUUUGUCGGGCCAGAGCCUAACGCUUUUCCCGAAACGAGUCCGUCACUUCUUCUCGAUGCCGCUGUCAAGACUCACAGCAUCCUCGAACAGCUAUGCAUCAGGUUAACUACACCUGCUUAUGGCAGGGCAGAACCCGUAAUUUCUGGUCAUGGGGCGCCAUCGGUCUUAUCAACCUCACCAAACUCCGAUACAAGUGAUGGUAGAGGUCCGCUUCUUGAUUUUCGUUUCAUCUGUGAGCUUAGCGGGGACAUGAAGAGGAAUGAUCCGCGCGCCUUUACCUGGCUUGACCGUGUAGCUGGAUCAAUGGGGCUUUUGGGAGCAGAAAUUAUCUAUGACGAUGCAGUUGAGGGAGAAAAGGCUUGUUGA